AUGAAGGUUAAGAUCAACCGAUGGCGAGCGGUGGCCAACUGGCAAUGGGAUCUGGAGGAGGACGAGCCCUGUGGUAUCUGCAAGUGCUCGUUUGAAUCGUGCUGUGCCGAUUGUCCAGAAUACCAACUGCCUGGAGACGACUGCCCGAUAG